AUGCAUUUCAAUGUGCACACACAUGUGAUAUUAUUUACAUGUAUAUUUUUCAUGCAAAUAUUCAACUCUUUGUCUAUACCAUGCGAUUCAUGCGGCAAUGAAUGUGCCAAUGCCUGUGGCACUAAACAUUUUCGAACCUGUUGUUUUAACUAUUUACGCAAACGUAGCGAUCCUGAACUAUUCACCAAUAAGCGUCUUAUUGAUGUUAUGAUGUUGCAAGGACGUGCUAUGUAUACCGAAAACGAAUUGAGUAACAAUCGUAGGCACGCAUAUCUUCAACAGCCAAGAAUGUUUGAUGUGGGGCCGCGGCACAAUGGCACCGUAAUCGAUGUUGAUCUAAAGACAUACUAUGACUAAAUGUGAACACAAUAAGAACAACAACAUUGACAGCAGCAAUAAUAAAGAUCGGAAAGUUCAUUGAUUUUGAAAAAUGCGCAUAAUUAAUGUUGAAGAAAAGCCGCGCUUGCAGCUCAAUUUUUUUUUUUAUUUAAUUCUAAUAAAAGGACUGGAAUUUUGUACAAAU